UGGAUCAGAGCCAGUAGUUGAGGACAGAAUUGUUUCUGUUCAUCACAUCUGAAAAUACAACAUGAAGUGUUUCUUGCUCCUUGCUCUGCUUUUGGCCGUGAGUGCUCAGUUAGCCUGGGCCACUGGGUAUUCUAAUCAGGUAUGCCUCAAGCUGCCCCAGGGCCCUAAGGGACCCAGAGGUAAUAUGGGGCCACAAGGUCCUGCAGGUCCGCAGGGCGAGGACGGUUCGCAAGGCCCCGAAGGGUCAAUGGGACCCGCCGGACCCGAUGGUGAGGACGGAGAGGAUGGUGAACCUGGCAUGCCAGGUAGACCAGGUAGCUCUGAACUGCGCAGUAUUGCGAUCAGCCUGGCCUUCUUCAACCCAUCUCUACAUGCACUCAACCCGUUCUACAUGAGUCUUCUCUACUCUUACUUCAAUGGUCGCUACUUCGUGGGAACUCCCAGCCGACAGCGCUCUCUGGGCGGCAAUGCCAACUUCAACCUGGGUCGUGGCGCUGUCAAGCUGGUUCGAUGGGGAACGGAGAUUCGUAUUCCAUUUGUGAAGUCCUACGAAGGUUCUCCUGUGUGCAAGGUUCACUUCCAGGACAUCUUCAGCCACGCAAAGGUCUAUGCCACCAGCACGUUCCUGGCUAUCAAGCUGCCGACCAUCUGGAAGAGGAGGCAGACGCACAUCCAGGCGGUCUGCUGGGGCGCUUUUCCCAAGCCCGCGAAGAACUAAUCUGCGAUGCAGCGGUGGCUAUGGUAGCACUGCCUAAGUACUAGGUAUCACGUGUCACAUUCUGUUCUACAUGUAUAUUCAUGCUGAGCAACUGUGCUCCAUUUUAUCACAUUUAUAAAAAACCUCCACUAUCGCUCCAUCGUUUCCCUUCUCAUCCGGUAAAGGGAGGAGUAUUAGCAUGUCUCACAACCGCUGGCACAUGAGCAGAGAAACUCCAUUGCUGCAUCUGCCGCUAGGGAUCACAGGCUGUUAGCGACCGUUGUGAGUUCCUUUCGGAAACGGACACGAUAAUUUACCGUUUUUAUUGCAAAUCAGUAUCCUACCGACAUGCUAUUUAACUAGAAGAGGAUUAUAAUUCCGGUAUUUUUUAUUCGCAGAAUCAGAUUUGGAGUCACCUGUAUGGAUGCGUUUAUGGUUUCUUCAUGUAGAUGUAACACGGAAAAUCCUAAACACACCAUUCUCAAAUCAAGUGGUCUCCUCGCUGUAAACUACAAUUAUAACACGUUAUAUUAUAUUCUGGAUGUGAGCGCCCAUACUCGGUUCCUUUGGAACCGGAGACGAAAUGUUCUGUUUCCUUUUUUAAGCCAUUUGUUAUCUGGAAACCUGAUGUCCUUGCCAUGGAAAUCAAGUUCGACAAUCCAGUAUGAUUAUUUUGAUAUUUUCCACUUAUCGCUGUUCAUCCUGGAGUUCACCUGGUGUCCAUUUAUCGGUGUUUCUCUGAACGAAUGUUUCGGAUAACAAUUGCUGGAGAGAACGGAAUGGAGCCUUUGAAACUG